AUGGCUGACAUCGAACCUAUGAAGCAGAAUCAAGAUCUUGAACCCGAACAAAAACGUAAAGUUUUUAUUGGUAGUUUAUCAUACAAUAUUGACGAGAAUGCAUUUCGUGAAUAUUGGACAAAAUUUGGUUCAGUUAUAGAAGCAACGAUCUUACGUGAUCGUGAUGGCCAUUCACGUGGCUUUGGUUUUGUUACAUUUACUGAUCCGUCAAGUGUUGACGCUGUCAUGCAAUCAAGACCACAUACACUUGAUAAUCGUAUUGUUGAACCCAAACGUGCAAUUCCUCGUGAAGAGACUCACAAACCAAAUAUGCAAUUAUCAGUAAAAAAACUUUAUUUAGGCGGUGUUAAAGAUCCAAUAACGGAGAACGAUCUUAAAGAUUACUUUACUAAAUUUGGUUCAAUAACAGAUGUUGUUGUUAUGAAAGAUCGUGAUGGGCAAUAUCGGGGAUAUGGUUUUGUUGAAUUUGAUGAUUAUGAUCCGGUGGAUAAAAUUAUACUAGAAAAAAGUCAUAUUGUAUGUGGUCGGCAAUUAGAUGUCCAAAAAGCUCAAUCAAGAGAUGCAACACAACGUUCAGGUAAUAGUCGACCUCCUCGACAAGGACCACCAUCAACAUCUAGACCGAACUAUGAUGGUGGUUAUAAUAAUUAUCCACAAGAUAAUAUGAAUGAUCCAUUUGGACAAAUGCAGAAUAAUAAUUUUAAUGGUUAUGGAUCGAAUUUUAAUGAAGGCAAUGGUAAUUGGACUUCAUUUGGUCAAGGAUAUGGUCAACAAAGUGUUGGUGGACCUAUGCGACGGGGAAAUAUGGGUGGCAGCGGCGGUGGCGGCGGCGGCGGCGGCGGCGGUGGUGGUCGUGGCUAUGCACCUUAUAAUGGUCGUGGUAGUGGUGGUGGUCGAGGACGUGGUAGCGGCGGUGGCGGUGGCGGUGGCAAUCGAGGAGGAGGCCCAGGUCCAUCGUGGACUUCAUGGAAUUAA